CUCAACAGGACCAACAUUCUCUGAGCAGAAAGAAUCACGAUGUCAUAUUUCCGCAUAACCCUCAUGCGAUCAGGCAUAGGCCUGCCGAAACGAACGCAGGGCGUGUUGAAAGCCCUCGGCCUCCGCCAUAGAAUGAAGACUGUCUUCUAUCCCGUAACGCCCGAAGUCGCCGGUCAAAUUAUGAAGGUCAAGGAAUUGAUUUCUGUCAGAGAGGUAGAGAAACCUUUGACCAAGGAGGAACUUAGGGAGGAACGAAAACCCGAUCCCGGAUAUUAUAUCGAGACGGCGAUGCCAAGGCGACAAGCAUGAUUAGGAGGUGAAGCUGGUUGAGGAGCGUUGGAGGAUGGUAUGGGGCGGUUACGCAUAAUCCGGACUUGCUCAGGCUGCACCUCGAGCAAGUAUGUGCAAUUCUUGGCGUGGGCCCCAGGUCGGAUCUUCUACUUCGUUAUGGCCAAAGCAUCCUCCAGGCUAUGGAUGGUGAUAUUUAAU